CCGGAGUCUAUAUAAUACUUGUAUACCCAAAAUUUUCUCAUAUAAAUUCCUAAAUAUUUUUAUAGAGAAAAAGAAUCAUAAAAUGGUUUUUGAUCAGUCUUUCAAUAGCAAGAAUUCUGUCUUAAACUUAACUGUUCUACUCGUCGAUGAUGAUCCAACAGUUCUUUCAAUUGUUUCAACUAUGCUUAAGACUCCAAAAUAUAAAGAUUCAUCGAUAACGGAAAUAACGGUAACACCCGCGAAAAACUCUCGAGAAGCGUUGUCAGUUCUUCAGAUACAACGUGAUAAUAUCGAUAUCGUUAUCACGGACUAUCACAUGCCUGGCAUGAACGGGGUUGAAUUGACCCGAGUUAUCGAUCAAGAAUUCGGAAAACUACCGGUCGUGGUGAUGUCAUCGGACAUUAGCAACGAAAUCGAACGAGAGACCAUCUCGAAUGGAGGCAUGUGUUUCAUCGCGAAGCCCGUCAAGCCCAAGGACCUCGCCACGAUUUGGAGAUGUGCCCUAGAAUCCAAGAAGAGGUGCAAGUCCAUGUCCGUCGACGGAGGAGACGACGACAACGGCAACGACAGCGCCGUUGCUGUUUCGUCGUCUUGUAAGGGCGCAGUUGCUUCCGACGGGACGAAGGGUUUGGGUAGGAAACCCUACACCGGGUCAACCCUAAACGACGACGACAGCGAUAAGGUAGAUCAUAACGUUGAUGGUGGUUCGGGGGAAGAUAAGAAGAAGAGAAAAGCAGCUGAUAGCUUCGGUGAUGAUGGUGAUGACGACGGUGAUGAUGAUGGUGAUGAUGAUGGUGAUGGUGAUGGUGAUGGUGAUGCUGAUUCCCGGCCUUCAGCCCCGAAAAAGGCCAAGGUUGUUUGGACAAAUUCUCUUCACAACCUCUUCUUGCAAGCCAUAAGACAUAUUGGUCUCGACAAGGCUGUGCCGAAGAAGAUUCUGGAGUUCAUGAGCGUGCCUGGCCUAACCAGAGAAAACAUCGCCAGCCAUUUACAGAAAUAUAGGAUUUUCUUGAAGAAAGUGGCUGAGAGAGGAGCAAUGCAAUCAGGCUCGAUGUCGAACAGAGUCAUGAGCUCCAACUUUGCCUACGGCCACCUUAACUCAUCGCUCCCGUACUACAACCAUAACGCACCGUACGGCACAUCAUCACUGAGUCACAGACCCUACAACUCGGAACUCGGGUUAUGUCUCGGACAGUCCAGGCUCCUCAUGACCAACAACAACAUUGGUCAGAAGACUCAGAAUCCCUAUCCCUACAGCAACCUGAACCACUCCUCCUAUGACCGGAACCGAGUUGGAUCAACAUCAUUAUUGCCCAAAAUGGGAAACAUCCCUUUCUAUAACUCGGCUACAACGACUCAGACACCGAGUUUUCUCCCUCAAAACGGAGAAAGGAGAGGCCUUUUCCAAAUGGGGAUGAAUCCCGGAAGAAUCGGUCAGACAUCUCACUCUCAUGGGAUUGGAUUACAGUAUGGUACAAGCACCAGUUCUGGUCUGAACCCGAACCCGAAACCUAGAAGCUACAAUGGCACUGUAUAUGCAGGAAUCAGGAUGAAUGAGAGGGGAGAUCUCAUCGGACUCGGACCGAUUCAGGGUAAUGCUAAUGCCAAUACCAACGAUAGUUCUCUCGGCCGGGGCAACGGUUAUAUGAACAGGAACCUCAACAACAAUUUCAAUGGCUAUGCAAGUUCAUCAACUCAUCACCUCCGUCAGGGAUUUAGCCAUCUCUCUGCUCAUCAGCAUUCUUCUUCUUCUUCCUCUUCUUCGGCUUCUCUAUUUUCUCACCUGCAACCCUUCUUGAGAAAUGCAGUAAUAACCGAAAACAUGGGUCAGUCACAAGGCAAUAUCGCGAACCGACUUGGGCAAGUCGACUUUGUCUUUCCUGAAUUUGACAAGCCGAACAAACAGCCUUACCAAACCCAACUCAGCGGAGAACACCGCCAUGCCGAGUUACCUUGUGAUGCAAGUAACUUCCAGUUCAAUCACAACCAGGUGCAAGUGGAAACGAGUUCUCAGAAUGUUGAACCAGAGGAAUCGCCCUUUGGAAUGGACAACUUUCUUGAAGCCAUUACUAUUGAAGACACUGCUAAUGGUUGGAUCGCUGAGAACACAAGCCAGGCUGGUUCCAAUGGAGAAACACUGAACUCUGCUUCUGCUUCUGCUUUGAUGGUGUAUUCUCCAACACUGGACAAUAAUCCUAGUCAAGAACAAGGUGCUGGAGAUUGCGUGGAACUAACAUACUUCAAUCAGGAGGAGGAUUGGAAUGAUGACGAUUUCAUGGAUUCCUUGUUCAACUAUGGAACGCAUUGAGUGUCGUCGAUCUAAGAUCUUAUCAUAGCCUAUAAACUUAACUGUUUCCAAUAGGACAUUAUGCUAUAUGCAUGCAUGGUAUGUAAUUUUCUAUUAUCAGUGUUUCAAUCCAAUGCUAUAUUUGUAUGCUUAACUCUCUCUCUCUCAUACAUAUA